ACACACACACACACACACACACACGCCUUCAGCCCUACAACUUGAUGAAGUUUUCCUCCUAACUUUACACUCAGCGCGGACCAGCCCCCUGUUCAGAAGCAUGACUCUGUCCAACAACUGGUGGCUUUUGUGCGCUGUUUCUGUCUCCUGUCUCGCUGGUUUUGGGUCCUGCAGACAACAUAGAGAAGAUGGAGGCCAACCCGAGCUAUUCAUCUUCAACGAGCUGUGUGCCCUGAAGGACGAGCCGGGGCCUUGCAAGGCCAUCAAGGACCGCUACUUCUUCAACGUCGACACGGGUCACUGUGAGCUCUUUGAGUACGGAGGCUGUGGGGGUAACGCCAAUAAUUUCCCCACCAUGGACGCGUGUGAGGAAACGUGUGUCGUCUCAGAUGACAAGAACCCGUGUCACUUAAGCGAGGCUCCUGGCCCCUGUCGAGGGCUGUUGACGCGCUACUUCUUUGACAGCGACAGUCAGCAGUGCAAGCAUUUCUACUACGGCGGCUGCUUUGGCAAUGCCAACAAUUUCAAGAGCAUGGCGGCGUGCCAGGCCAAAUGUCAGAACCCAGCAAAACCCACUAAGGCACCAGACGUCAACACACGGUCCGCUAGAAAAUCCAUUGUGCAGCCAACCACGUUAACUGGGGAGUUGACUGUAAAAGAAGCUCAGGUGCAAGCGAAUGGCACUAAUGGAGAGCCAAGAGACUUCAAGCCGACAGAGCUGUGCUUCAGUCCCGUGGAGAGGGGACCAUGUGACGGGGCGGAGAAGAGGUUCGCAUACAACCCCAAGACCAAGAGGUGCCUGAUGUUUCAGUACAGCGGCUGCGGUGGAAACGACAACAACUUCACACACAGGAAAGACUGUUUUCACAAGUGCAUUCGAGGCAGAAAGGCUCACGGGACGAGGACGAUCCGAAUAAGGAGGAAAAACAUCACCAACAUUGUUAAUCGCUCAGCGUGAACGCCUUGCUCUUCUUUACAUCCUGCACUACUGUGGAGCCAUCUGUAUUUAUGUUCAUAUGUUAUGUUUAGCUAUACUCAUAUCUGUUGUUUUGCUGUGUACCGUGUACCUUAUUUUUGUAGUGACUGAAUGCAAUCAUCAAUAUUCACAUUAUUUCAAUAUCUCAUUGACAAAAAAUGUGUACUACAUCCGCUCUCCACACUGAUGCUCUGCAUAUCAUACAUACAUACAUACAUACAUACAUACAUACAUACAUACGCUUUUGUAUAAACAACAUUUUGCGUCUUUUUCAUUUUCACAGAUUCAUGGCUCUGUUGUCAUCACACUGAUAGAAACAUUUCACUGUAACGUUUAUAGGAAACACCAAAGUUGCAGCCAUAUUUGCCCUGUAGAUGUACUGUGUCCAAUCAUGUUCUUUGAUAAUCGAAAAUGUGGCCGAAUCAGAAUCAAUCAGGUUAGGGAGAUUUCAGUUACAAUACCAAUUUAGCUGGGAUAUAAAACAGAUUCUGAAAGAACGUCUGUUGCAAACUGUACAAGGAAGAAGCAAACCCUCAAAUGAUUCUUUUUUUAUUUAUUUUUUUAAUAAUGCACCAGGUUAAGAAUUGAGCCCCAAAAUGUUUGUGGUGUGUUAUACAUCCAUGGUGAAGAAGGUGUGCAUUAAAAGAUGGAUUUCUAGAGCGAGCUCUGGCUGACCCAGGGGGAGCCUGCGCCCCACGUAGGCCAAGUCCUUUGCAGAGGCCCGGGUUCGGGUCCGACUUCUGGCCCUUUGCUGCGUGUUGUCCCCCAUCUUUCUCCCACCUUCCGUGUCUGUCAGUCACUAUCAAAUGGGGGGACAACCCCCAAAAAAUUAUCUUAAAAUAUAUAAAUAAAAGUGGAUUUCUGGAUUUUCUUAACCCAUAUCAGAUCACUUAAGCAAUAUUUUUUAAUUUCAAUUGGAGAACCAAUGAUUUUGUCCCAGUCUUCACUGUAGCUUUUCUACAAGGGUUUUGGUAUAGCGCCACUAUUGUUUGUCAAUGUGAAGAAGUAGAUUAGCAGAUUAAACUAGGGGGGGGGGGGGCGAUCCUUAUUUUAGGAUCAACCACAGCGCUAUUUGGAACGUUAUCGAGCAAACACAUUCAUCAAGCGUCCUCACAGCCAUAAAUCAAUGUCAACAAGGCAAUAGACGCUCUAUUUUUUGUCAGAUUAAACAUGAACUUUUUUAAUCAAUAAUAUGGAGUUCUGUAAAUCAUUGUUGCACUCCUGCAGGUGUUGUUGGUAAUGAAAAACAGAAGAGGGCAGUGUUGGGUAAAGGACGUUUUGGUGGCUGCUGUUGGCUGCGCUGUGUUCCCUUUACUGUCUCCUGUUAUUUUCAUGGUUUUAAUGAAUUAGACUGGAAGAGUUUAUAGAAUUAACUUCAACAAACGUCUUCUCUUUCCUCAGAUUUCAUGUUGUAUUCCCCAUCAGUCUUUCCGUAUGUAGGCCGAGCAAGCACACCAUGUUUCACAGUGAAAAAAAAAAAAAAAAAGCAAAAACAUUAAAUAAGUAACAACAGAGAUCUCUUGGCCUUAGAAAGCUUUUUUUAAUAUCACGUGAGGACUUUUUUUAUGAAAACUUCUGUGUGGCUUCAACAACUGAACAAUUCAAAUUCUGAGGAAAACUAUGUAAUGUAAUGGGUUUUUGUUUAAUAACGUGUUUUAAAAAUAAAGAUUCUGCAAUAC